AUGGCAAGGCGGGUGCGGGGGGGGGCUGGUGCAGGACUAUCUCUCCUGCACCUUGUUUGCUUCCUCUUCAUCCUGCCGCAUGCUCUUCCCUUCACCCUCAGUCCUCCUUCUCUCACUGCGCCCUCGACUCUUAGCAUCUCGAGAUUGAAUGGUUUCCAUGGGAGAAAUAACCUGCCAGCCCGAUCGCGUGCCAGGAUAUGCUCGAACAUUUGUUCGGCAGCUAGAUGGUCUCCCGCUCAAAGCCUAGGAAAGCUGGGAGAGCUUCUUGUAGGGAAACCGACUGAAGUCGAAGAGCUGAAGAGGAACGAGGUGACAUUCAGAAACCUCGAUUAUCUGGACCUGAGCACAGGAGGGAAUGGGAAGUUGCAGGCUGUCGCAGCACUGUGCACCAGGGGAAUGUUUGGAUCCGAAGUUGGGGCGUUGUGGGUUUAUCAAAAUUUCGCUGCGAAAUAUGCUCCGGACGCGGGUAGGAAGAGUGUCAUUAUCGUAGCUGAAACGCCAGAUCAGACCGUCGUUGGAUGUGUUGGGAUGGAGCUGAUGCUGCUGUCUGAACGGGGGAUGUCGUGGUGGAAUGAUCCUUCUUCCGUAACGAAGCUACGGCCCUAUGUUUCAGAUCUGGUGGUCGAUUCUGACUACCAGAGGAUGGGUCUUGGGCAACAGCUGCUGCAGAGAUGUGAGACGUUCGUUCAAACAGAAUGGGCCGAUGAAGUCGAUGCGAUGAAACCACUUGAAAGACUGGAUUAUGCGCUGGACAAGGUUUUUCUGAAGGUCAGCUUGGACAACACAAAAGCGAUGAACCUCUACAAGAAGAUGGGCUACCGGGAGUGCGCAAGAGCACCAGAAGAACUCUUGAUCCCCACACAUGAUCACUACAUUGAGUGGCCGGUUUUGAACCUCUACCUGUGCAAGCAGCUGUAG